AUGCCUAACAGGAUGGAACCCGAAGUAGACGAGCUUACGGAGGACGAAGAGGAGGCAUUUUUAUCCCCUCUUCAGACAUCAGAUCUCGCACCUAGCUCCCAUGUCGGAGAUGAGGAAUACCUCCCGGAAUCCAGGGAGGAUGUCGGAAAGGUGGAUUCACAAGACGAGCAGCAAAUUCAGCAUCGGAAAGAGGAGCUAAGCAGCGAGCAGACCUCCUCAAACAUGGAAGAAGAGGAUCAGGAUGACGACGCCCCCUACGCUGUUUUGAUCUAUCGAGCCUUGAUGAGUACCCCUACCCGCAGAAUGGUCCUAUCUCAGAUCUACGAUUACUUUCGUGAGAAGAUCCCAAAGUUCAGGAAGAUUAAGGGCCGUGGAUGGAUGAACAGUAUUCGUCACAAUUUGUCCAUGAAUGGGGCAUUUUUGAAGGAAGAUCGCCCCCCCUCGGACCCUGGGAAAGGGUACAUCUGGGUCCUUUCGAAGGAAGCGGAAAUGGAUGGCGUCAAGUCAACGACUAGAUACAGGAAGUCUCCACCCAAUGCUAAGAAACGAGCAACGGACGAAUUCUACCUGAGAGGAUCUACCGUCAAGCGUAGACGCAAGUCGACCAGGAAAGGAACGGCUUCAAAGCCUGCAUCCUCUCCCUGCCCAUCCGGAUCAAUAGGGCCAAUGGCUGAGCACGGGGGUAGUGAAUCGCAGCAGGCCCAUGAAGGACAGUCAAUAGAUUCCCCUACCCUCCCUGAAGGCUUUUUCAAGAGAGAAGAGAACGAUACCCAACCAGUUGGGAUACACAUCUUCGACGACCAAGACCAUUCUGGGCUAGCUGCAAUGUACACUAGCGAUGAGCGUAUGUUACUAGCACAAGCCACCCGUGGGGCCGCUGCGCAACAAGUCGACUACUCCACUUGUUACUCUAGCUUCCCGCAUAGUGGAACUUCUCAGACGCUCUACAACAGCGAAGACGACGGCCUCGAAUCUCUCGAGGAAGAUUGCUGGCAGUUCUGCGGAAACAACGAUGGAAGCAAUGAUGGGAAUAGGGAUAAUUUUAGUGAGGAGUUCACACUCGUCACUCAAAAAUAG